GAUUUAAGUGGACCAUCCGGUAUACAGGGUGUUCCAGUAACUCUGUACAAGACAAUAUCUCCGUUAUCAUUAAUGUUGCAGCAACAAAGUAAUUAUUUGUUGCGGAAGCAACAGCAGCAGCAACCGCAAGAGCUGCAACAACAGCAGCAGCAGCAACCGCAAGAGCUGCAACAGCAGCAGCAGCAGCAGCAACCACGAGCUAAACUACAUGAAGCUAAACUACAUGAACCUUCUGAAAAAUCUACUGAUACUGAACUUAGAGAAGUGCCGACCACACCGGAAAAUAUGAAGCAACGAAUUAAUGCAGCAUGUGCGACAAUCAGUCCGAACAUCACUUCGAACACUUUUGACGUAAGAAUCUUCACACCAAUUAAUUCAUCUCAUUAUACUGUUCACAAAAGCAUUAAGUUCAUCGAAGCGGUGGACGCUCCAGAGGCCUUUGGUACGUGCGGAGGACAAUUGCAAGCCUCCACCAACUCCGAGAUAGAAGAGGAAAUGGUAGAAUAA